ACCUAUAUAUAUUCCACGUGUCUAUAUAUCGGUUAAUAUAUAUUAACUUCACGUAUAAAGUUGAAAGAAUAUACCUGAGAACAAAGAAAGAAUGUCCCACGAAAACAAACAUGUGGUCCCAACAAAAGAGAAAAUAGUAAAAAAGAAAAAUCUUGAAAUCAAGAUACAUUUUUUUUCAUAAAAAUAAAAAAUAAAAACCUCCGGUUGGGGUUUUCUAGUUACUUUUUUAUUUUAACCCACGUAGCCUUCGAGUUCACAAACAAGCUGACACGUCCACCCCCACUUGUCAAGCCCAACUUCCCCCACCAUGCCCUAAUAAACAAAAAAGUUACCAUACUUUAUUAACCGCUCAUCAUAAUUAUAUAUAUAAUUUCCCAUAUAUUCGAAAGAUUAAGGUUAGACAAGACUAUUAUGGCUCCGAAGAGAUCAUCAUCGAAGAACAAGAAGAGGAAGACCGUGUCUGUUAAGAAGGUGGUACGAGAAACUAUCGAAGUUGCUCUAGUUGUCGACACCAACAAUGACAGCAGCCACAGCCAUGAAUCUUUUAACAACACCAGUACUACUACUACUGCUACUACAACUACCACUAGUACUGUCGUUCCUAUAGUCCAUCACAAACCCCGAAAAGCUGCUACCAAGCAAGUUGUCGUAGACGGCGGCGUUUUGGAGAAGAAGAAGAAGAAGGAGGGGGAGGAGGGAAACGGCGGCGUUUUGGAGAAGAAGAGAGGUGGACCAAAGAGGAGGAAGACGGUGUUUGAUCAGGCGCAGGGAGGUGGGAGAGGGAAGGAGGAGUACAAGAGGUACGUGUUUAGGGUUCUGAAGCAGGUGCAUCCGGGGAUGGGGAUAUCGGCCAAGGCCAUGACGGUGGUCAACACCAUGAUGAACGACAUGUUCGAGAGGCUGGCCGAAGAGUCGGCCAAGCUGGUGAAGUACACUGGAAAGGUGACACUGUCGUCGAGGGAGGUUCAGGCGGCGGUCAGGCUGGUUUUGCCGGGAGAACUCGGCCGCCACGCCAUGGCCGAGGGCGCUAAGGCCGUUGCCUCGUACAUGUCUAGUUAA